AUGGCCGAGAAGGUGAUAGUGAGCAUAAGUGAGUCAACGAUGGUGAAACCAGAGGAAUCGAGGCCUCGAGGCUCUCUGUGGCUUUCCAACACGGACCUAUCGUACCCGCCCUAUCACACGUCAAGUGUUUACUUUUACAAACCAAGCGGCGGUGAGAAAAACUUCUUUGACCCGGUAGUGCUCAAGCAGGCACUCAGCAAGGCUCUUGUGCUCUUCUACCCCAUGGCCGGUCGCUUCAAGCUCAAUGACCAGAAUGGCCGUAUGGAGAUUAAUUGCAAUGCGGAGGGAGUGCUCUUUGUUGUAGCGGAGAGCAGCUCAGCUGUUAAUGAUUUCGGGGAUUUUGCGCCCACUCCCGAUUUCCUUAAGCUCAUCCCCGCCGUUGAUUACUCUGCUGGGGUAUCCUCAUAUCCCAUUUUGGUGUUGCAGGUCACGUACUUCAAAUGUGGUGGAGUGUCACUUGGUGUUGGCAUGGACCACCGCAUGGCAGAUGGAAUUUCUGGUGUUUACUUCAUAAAUACAUGGUCUGAUAUCGCUCGCGGUGAUCUCACAAAUAUUGAAGCACCCUUCAUGGACAGGACAUUACUUCGUGCUCGAGACCCACCUCAACCUGCAUUUCCCCACAUUGAAUACCAAGCUUUACCACAAAUGAAAUUAGCUUCUGAUGAACAUCUGCAAAGCAAAAGUAAUAUUACUACGUCCCUUUUUAGAUUGACGCCGGAGCAGCUCAACAUGUUGAAAUUGAAAGUCAAUUCGAAGGAGGAAGGUGGCGGCGGGAAUAUUAAUAAUAAUACAAUCAAGUAUACCUCAUUUGAGAUUUUGACGGGUCAUAUUUGGAGAUGUGCUUGCAAGGCACGUAAACUUCCUGAUGAUCAAGACACCAGCCUACGAAUUUCCAUUGAUGGACGGUCCAGACUGCAACCUCCACUCCCAGCUCGUUUCUUUGGCAAUCCCCUUUUCAGAACCAUACCAACUGCCACAGCUGGGGAUAUCCAAUCGAAACCAACAUCGUAUGCUGCAAGCUGUGUUCGCAAUGCUUUGGUGCGGAUGGACGAUGAGUAUCUUAGAUCAGCCCUUGAUUAUCUUGAGCUUCAUCUUCCUAGUAUUUCCAUACCUGUUAACGGAUCUCUGCCAAUGUGUUGCCCAAAUCUUCGGAUAAACAGUUGGCUUAGGUUGCCGAUUCAUGACGCUGAUUUUGGUUGGGGUCGACCCAUUUUCAUGGGCCCUGGCCGUCUUACGUUUGUGUUUGACGGCAUGUCUUUAUUUUUACCAAGUGCAACUAAUGAUGGGAGUUUAUCAGUGAUCAUUUCUCUACAAUCAGAGCACAUGAAAUCAUUUUCCAAGUUGUUGUAUGACAUAUAAUCAAGCAAA